UUUCUUCGUUCUUCAUAAUAUUUUUCUUAUAAGAACAUAUUCUGGAUCAGAAUUUUUGGGGUGCACUCCAUAAUUUCUGCCAACAUAAAUUUCCCAACUAUAAUUCACAACUUUAAUUUCCUUUUUCCUCUCCGAAGUUCGCAUACAAACAGCAGGGUUUUUGGGUUUAAGGAAAUAUGCUUAAGCAAGUGCACAACAAGCUAUUUGCUCGUGGAGGUGAUACAAUUUUGCCUGCCUUGUAUAUGUUAAGAAAUGGUCUACAUUGUGGACAGCCUCAUUUAGCACCCAGGAGCUUUUUUGGAGUAGAGGAUUUCCUUGAUGAUAACAAUAGUCGACCGUACACAUACCAGAAGGAGAAGAAGUCCAAGAAUCCAAACAAACAUGUAUCAUUCAAACAGCGCACUGUAGCUUAUAUGGAGCCUUUUACAUUAGAUGUGUUCAUCUCAAAGCGUUUUGUUUCAGCCUCCAUAACUCAUAGAGUAACAAGCAAGCAAGUUGCUGUUGCCGGUACGAACUCCAAAGACAUUAAAGCUGCACUCAAAUCGCGAUCAGAUAUUCCAGCAUGUUUGUCCGUAGGUAAGAUUUUAUCGGAGAGGGCUAGGGAAGCAGAUGUCUACACAGCUUCUUACACUCCAAGAGAUAGGGACAAGUUUGAAGGGAAAAUCAGAGCAGUUGUGCAAUCCUUGAUUGAUAAUGGAAUUGAUAUUAAAGUCUACCUGGAUUAGCUCAUUUUUCAUUUUUUGCUGGCAUUUUCAAGAACUCUCAACUCUUACUAGGUUUAGUAUCCCGUGGACAAUCUUUUGUAGUUAUAUUGUUGUGUGAAACAUCAUAAUUAAUGGUUGUGCUGUUUAUUCCCUUA